AUGGGGAACAGAACAGAACUGACUCACUUCAUCCUGCUUGGGCUAACCAAUGCCCCAGAGCUUAAGUCCCCCCUCUUUAUAAUGUUCACUCUCAUUUACCUCAUCAAUGUGCUUGGGAACCUGGGGGUGAUCGUGUUGAUUUUGUGGGACUCUUGUCUCCAUACUCCCAUGUAUUUUUUUCUCAGUAAUUUGUCUCUGGCAGACAUUUGUUACUCUUCUGCUGUUACACCUACGGUGUUGGCUGGGUUCCUUACAGGAGACAAUGUCAUCUCCUACAAUGCAUGUGCUGCUCAGAUGUUCUUUUUUGUGCUAUUUGUUUCUGUGGAAAAUUUUCUGUUGGCCUCAAUGGCCUAUGACUGCUAUGCAGCAGUGUGUAAACCCCUACAUUACACCACUACCAUGACAACAGAUCUGUGCGCAUGUCUGACUAUAGGUUCCUAUGUUGGUGGUUUCUUGAAUGGCUCCAUCCACACUGGGGUCACGUUCCACCUCUCCUUCUGUAAGUCCAAUGUGGUCCAUCACUUUUUCUGUGAUGUUCCAGCAGUCGGGGUUCUCUCUUGCUCUGAUAGACACAUUAGUGAGAUGAUUCUUGUUUUUGCAGCAAGCUUCAAUAUCUUUUUUGCUCUUCUUGUUAUCUUGAUAUCCUACCUGCUCAUAUUUAUCACCAUCCUAAAUAUGCAUUCAGCUGAAGGAUAUCGGAAGGCUUUAUCCACCUGUGCUUCUCACUUCAUCGCAGUCUCUGUCUUCUAUGGGACAUGCAUCUUCGUAUACGUGCAGCCCAGCUCCAGCCAUUCUACAGACACAGACAAAAAGGCAUCUGUGUUCUAUACUAUGGUCAUCCCCAUGAUGAACCCUCUGGUCUACAGCCUGAGGAACAAGGAUGUCAAGAGUGCAUUAGAGAAGGUUGUUGAGAAGGCAAAAUUGUCUCUAGGCUUAACUAUUUAA